GUAGCACUGUCAUCAAUCCCACCACCAACCUCCAAAAUACCGUCCGUCACGCUCGAUAGCGAUGUCAUCACAGACAAUAUGGCUGCAAGGCUUUCCAUGAGUUUUCUGGGCCAUGUCAUGUUCUUGAAGAGUCAAGUUCCUUUGUUGGUCUGCUAUCUUCAGCACUCAUCGUUCGGGUCUUAAUGCUGCCUUUCAGUCCAGUCAUACAGCUGGCGCGAAUGCCUGGCAGUAAUACAAACAAUCGCGCGUCCAAAAAGCGAGCUGAGCUGCUGAACUCGCUUGACACUCUUGCAUCGCAUUUGAACACGACAUUCACCUCUCUAUCCACAGCCAUCGCGCUGAAAGAAAAGUCGGGCGCCAGAGACUCGGAUGGUAGCAUCAAAGAUAGCUCCCAGCACGAUCAGAGCAGAACAUCAGUUGCCUAUCUUGCUAUCGUACUGGGAUCAACUAUCGGUGCAGCUAAAGCCCGGGUGAUACUUGGUGUAAAUGGUCUGGAAAUCAAAGUCUGGGGCGAGAGAGAAGAACUCAAUGUUGAGGGAACUUCGUCUGGUACGGAUUCGGAAGAUAACGAAGAAAGUCUCGAAGGUUCAGGUUCUGGCGAAAGCUCCAGCAGUGAUGGCAGUGAAUCAGAGCGAGACUCUGGUGCAGAGUCGGAACAUGACGAUGAUGAGGCAGAUUGUUUGAGUGAUCGGGAUAGCCAAUCAGGGAGUGAAGCAAGCUGUUCAGACUCGUGCGAGUCUCCACCUCGUUCUCGAAGUCCAUCUCCCACACCGUCAUAUCAAUCGACACCCGACUCGGAAGCGCCGUCUCCGCCGCCAUCACCAUCAAGGCGUUUCCAAUCCCAUGCUGAAGAACAAGAGACUUUACGAACUGCUGAGAGACUUCUUUCACGGACGUUAGCGAGUGCCUGUGCAGAAGGAGAAGACACAGGAAUGGCUUCUGAGAUGGCGCCAACACAGACGCAUAUACUCCUACGUGCACCCAGGAGAUUUGUACAUCCUGCUUGGAUACCGAGACAGAAUCUCAAUAAUUCGAUGGACGAUACUCUCGCAGACUUUCUACAAGAAUCCCGCCCAGGAAAUAGCCCGCAUGGUAUCAAAAAGAAAAGAUCGAAGAAAGGA